GUGAUGUCAUUGAUGUUGCUGAAUAACCAGACACAGGUGACAGAGUUCAUUCUUCAAGGCUUCUCAGAUACAGUUCCACUAAGAAUCUUGCUCUUUGGUACUUUUUUUUCCUUAUACACAGCUGCCCUCACUGGGAAUAUCAUGAUCAUUGUGUUGGUCAUUUGGAACUCUACUCUUCAUACGCCUAUGUAUUUUUUCCUAGUCAACUUGUCUAUAUUAGACAUCAUGUGCACAACCUCUGUUCUUCCCAAGGUGUUGGAGAACUUGAUUUCAGAAAAGAAGACCAUCUCAUAUGGUGGAUGCAUGGCACAAGUAUAUUUCCUCAUCUGGUCUGUAUCUGGUGAGCUCCUACUCUUCACAGCUAUGGCUUAUGACAGGUAUGUGGCCAUCUGCCACCCCUUGCACUAUAGCACCAUGAUGAGUAAGAAGAUUUGUCUCCUUCUGGCAGUUGGGGUAUGGAGCAUCUGUGGACUUAACACUACCAUUAAUACUGGGCUUAUGAUCCGAUUAUCUUUUUGUGGCUCCAACAUCAUUAAUCAAUUCUUCUGUGAAAUCCCUCCUGUGUUGCUUCUCUCUUGCACCUCAACAUAUGUGAACAAUAUCAUGACAGUCCUUGCUGAUGUCUUCUUCUCGGUGCUGAAUUUCCUGCUGACCAUUGUGUCUUACUGCUUCAUUAUCUCCAGCAUCAUGAAAAUUCGGACCACAGAGGGGAAGAAGAGAGCAUUUUCUACCUGCUCCGCCCACCUGAUUGUGGUCACCAUGUAUUACUGCACUGUUUUUUAUGCCUAUGUCAGUCCCAUCUCUAGCUAUUCUCCUGAAAGUGGGAAGUUGGUGGCUGUGUUGUACACAGCAGUUAGUCCCACCUUAAAUCCCCUCAUCUAUACUCUGAGGAACAAAGAUGUCAGGGAAGCCCUGAGAAAAGUGUCUCUAUCUAGUAAAUGAAGGCUUAGAAACUUAUAAAUUUCUGGAUUGGGUAGAUUUGGACAAGUGUAUUCUUGUAGUAAUGAUGGAAAGUCUCACAAUUUUAAUUGAUUUUCUAAUACUCCAAAGAUUUUUCUUACUGUAUAAUCUUAGAUUCUAGAGUAUGAAUGAUAAAUUAUUCUUGUAUGCAUAGAUGUGUGGUUUAUAGAACAUCCAAUCAGUUUUGAGUGGGAAUGCAAAUGUGAUAAGUCUGCAAGGGAAUUUAGUAUUGUGGUAGACCAGAAUCAGUUGGUGUGUUCUUUCUUCCUUUUGCUCUUUCAGAAAGAG